AUGAAGCAGCUCUUCCUCCCCUUCCUCUUUUGGCUCAUCACCAGCUCCUCGCAGAUCGAAGAUAACAAGAUCCCUGGGCUGUGCUCAGGGCAGCCGGGCAUCCCAGGGACCCCGGGCCUGCACGGAGGCCAGGGUUUGCCAGGCAGAGAUGGACGAGAUGGCCGUGAUGGAGCGAUGGGGAUGCCAGGGGAGAAGGGCGAGAUGGGCCCUCCUGGAGUGCCCGGUCCCCGCGGGGAGGUGGGCAGCCCCGGCCUCCUCACCGAGCGGGGCCACUAUCCCCCCGCCACGGGCAAGUUCCCCUGCGAGGUGCCCGGCCUCUAUUACUUCGCUGUCCAUGCCACUGUCUACCGCGCCAGCCUUCAGUUCGACAUCAUGAAGAACGGUCAAUCCAUCGCCUCCUUCUUCCAGUACUACGGGAACUGGCCCAAGCCCACCUCGCUCUCGGGGGGGUCUCUGGUCCGCCUGGAGCCUGAGGACGAGGUCUGGGUGCAGGUGGGCGUGGGGGACUACAUCGGCUUCUAUGCCAGCGUCAAGACAGACAGCACCUUCACCGGCUUCCUCGUCUACUCCUACUGGCAAAACUCUGCCGUCUUCGCCUGA